AUGAGCAGGCUCUUAACCCUUACCGGGGGAAGAGCGCCUGUGCUUUCUCGAUACCCUAGCCUUCGCCUCGUUGGCGGCUUCCGACUCGCCUCGACGGCUCCGGCCAACGAUGACAAGAAGAAGUACUCGGCUACUCUCCUCCUCCCGAAAACGCCCAUGCAGCUGCGGGCGAAGAGUCCGUUGAAGAUCGAGGACAGGCUGAGGGAUCGUACCACCCAUGAGCUCUAUCAAGAGCAGGCGAUAUCUUCAUUCUACAUGACGGACCACCGUACGCGAACGGCAACCUUCACAUGGAUCCUGAAGGACAUGAUCAACCGGUACAACGUCAUUCGCGGGCGGAAGGUUCACUACGUACCGGGCUGGGACUGUCACGGCUUGCCGAUUGAGCACAAGGCUCUCGCAGCUCUCGGACUCACGGCAGACCACGGUUUCGAGAUUCGACAGCUGCGCCUGUUCCAGCAGAUGGUGAAGAAGGGGUUCAUCACACACCGCCACCGACCGACCUACUACUCGCCGUCAUCGCGGACUGCGCUCGCCGAGGCAGAGCUCGAGUAUGCCGAUUUGAAGAGCACGAGUGUGUAUGUCGCCUUCCCCGUCGAGGACGGUGACGCUAGUCCGCGUCUUGAGCAGGCGCUGGCGAAGGGACGGGAAACCGCGCCCGACGCCAAGCUUCACCUCGCCAUCUGGACGACAACACCGUGGAGUCUUCCUGGUAACAUGUACGCGGUGGUGUUGAAUGAGAAGGGGCAACUGCUUGUCGUCGCCGAGGAGCGUAUCGAGGAGCUGAAGAAGCACCUUGGUGAGCUCACCAUCGUCGACCGCCUGACCGGGGCCGAUCUCGUCGGCACCAAUUACACCCACGUCUUCCAUCCCGCCAGCGCUGAGGGACCGCGGCCAACGGUCUUCUCGGCCCCGUAUGUCACCGCCGACUCGGGAACGGGAUUGGUGCACUCGGCUCCGGCGCACGGACACGAUGACUACGACGCCUUCCUGGCUGCUGGUUUGUCGCUGGAGGAGCUGCGUUGCCCUAUUGAUGACGACGGAAAGUUCACGACCGAGCUGCUGGGAUGGGCGGGCCCGGAUGCGGAGUCCCUCGUCGGCCAGGUUGUGGUCGGCAAGAAGUCGCGAGGUUCGCGCGCCAUGGUCGAAUUCAUCGCUGGACGGGGUGCGCUGCUCGCUACCGAGAAGAUCACGCAUCGAUACCCGUGUGACUGGCGAACGAAGGAGCCGAUUAUGGUGCGCGCGACGCCGCAAUGGUUUGCGGACGUCGAGAGCCUGAAGGGGGAUGCCGAGGCUGCGAUCGAGAACAUUGGCUUCGUGCCGCCGAUUGGACGUAACCGUCUCAGCGCUAUGGUCCAGAGUCGUUCAGAAUGGUGCAUCUCGCGACAGCGUUCGUGGGGUGUGCCGAUCCUGGCGCUUUUCACUGCCGAGGGUGCUCCCGUGCUCACUGAGGAGUCGCUCGCACACAUCAUCUCCGUGCUGUCCGAGAAGGGCGUCGAUUACUGGUGGGCCGGGCCGGUAGAGGAUUUCGUGCCCCCGUCGAUGAAGGGCCAGCAGCUGAGCAAGGGCUUCGACACGCUUGACGUUUGGUUUGACAGUGGCACGUCGUGGUCGCUUCUGAAGGACGCCAAGCUGCGCGACCCCAGCGAGCCUCUCGCUGAUGUUUACCUCGAGGGCUCCGACCAGCACCGUGGAUGGUUCCAGAGCAGUAUCCUCACGCGUCUUGCCGACCUGCAGGGCGAGGGAAAACCGGCAGCGCCGUACCGCACGUUGAUCACGCACGGCUUCACUACUGACGAGGCGGGCAACAAGAUGAGCAAGAGCCUGGGCAACGGUAUCAGCCCGAUGGACAUUGUGAAGGGCUCGCAGGGCAAGCCCACUUACGGAUCUGACACGCUGCGCGUUUGGGCGGCCGGUGUUGACUACACGCGCGACUGCAGUAUCGGUCCGAACAGUAUCAGCAUGGCGUCCGAGCUCCUUCGUAAGCUGCGCUCAGCUCUUCGCUUCAUGGUCGGCAACGUCGCAAACACGGAGACGAAGGAGACGCCUCUCCCUCUCGACCAGGUGACGCUGUCGCCCAUGGAUGAGUACGUGCUCGCUGAGCUUGAGCAGCUCGAGCGUACGGCGCGCGAGGCGUACGACGAGUACACGUUCAACAAGGUGCUUCAAGCUGCGUCCACGUUCGCGUCCAGCACGCUGUCGUCGCUCUACUUCGACGUCGUCAAGGACACGCUCUACUGCGAUGCGCCCUCUAGCCCCCAGAGGCAGGCAAUUAUUGCCACAAUGCAGCAUGUGCUGAAUGUGCUCGUCAAGGUGGUCGCUCCAAUCACGCCACACCUCGCGGAAGAGGUGUGGGAGGCGCUCGGGCGCACGGGUUCCGUCUUCAUGUCCCACUGGGAGUCUGGAAGCGCGGAGCGCUCUCCUCAGUACAGCGGGGAGGCGAUGAAGCCUCUUCUUGCACUGCGUAGUGAGAUCUUGACGCUGCUCGAGGCUGCGCGUCGCGACAAGCUCAUUGCGAAACCGACUGAGACCGCCGUCGUCCUGAACACGACAGAUAAGGCUAUCCAGCAGCAUCAUGCCCUUCUCCCUGCACUCUUCGGCGUGAGUGAGGUGCGAUUGGGCGAAAGCGGCGACGACGCCGCCCAGCCCGCUUGGCGCCUGGGCGCGAACGCGGCGAUCGGUGAGUAA